CGACGGCGCCUGCAGUGUGACCCGCCCUGGUCGUCAACGGACAGCUAGGCUCGAGCGUCGACCGAGCUGCCGUCGUCACAACAGCGAUCGACGACGCCGCCUACGCGCGUUGCGCAACGCGCUUUGACGUCGCGCUGCUGGCACGCUGACAAUCGGCGCUCGUUCGGCGAACCGGGAACGGCGCGUCGUUCUUCACGACUUGUGCAGUCCAGCGCGCGCGCGCGUCGUCAACUGCCGAGCGAAGAGGUGAAACAAGAGGAAGCGGCCAUCGCCUGGGGUGCAUCGGCGAGCUCGUACUUUGACCCCGCGCCACCUUGGUGGAUGGGCACACGACCACUGAACCCUCCGAGUGAAAGCUUGGGGUUGACCAACCGGCCAGAAACUUCCACAAGGACAUCGGGCGCCGGACUUUAUAAACCAGGCGCCUGAGUGCAUUGACGGAGUUUGUCGGACGCCGCCAUCGGAUCCUCGGCCAGAGAGGACGACAGGCUGACUACAGCAGUGCUUCAACAAGACUUGGGUGGCUAAGUGCACGCAACGCAGCAUGACGCCGCCGCGGUGUUCUCAUCUCGUUCAACUGCUGGCAGUCGCGGUUGUGCUGGUGAUGGCUCGGGCUUCCGAUAAUCACGCACUGCUGGACCGGCUGCAAGAGGUGCUGGACAACCCGGCGAGCCGCAUCGGGGCCCGCUGCCGCAAUGAUACGCUGUUCUACUUGGACCGCCUGAGGAACGGCUCGCCGUGGGCACUGAAGAUGUUCGACAGUACAGCCAAACCCGAGAGCGGUGUUCUGACCGGAGGCCUCACUUUCCUGGGCUACUACUCGGAGUGCAUUGCGGCGCUGCAGUCUGGACGCCGCACAGCGAUCACCAACGAGUCGCAAGUGCCGCCCUUCACCAGCACUUACUGCCUGGCCACCGUCAGCUUCGCAAACGCCCAGCUGUGGCCGCCCAAGGGUUUUCCAGAGUACCUGUGGAAAGAGCUGCACGGCAGUAGCAUGCGGUUCGGUCUGUGUGUGCCGUCCACGUGCGGCGAACAGGAGAUCACCGAGCUGGCGGCCGAGUUCGUGCAGGCGUUCGACCGCGGUGUAAACGCGACCUCCACAGCCUGUUCGCCAAGCCGCGAGCCUUACGUUUCCAACGUACCAGCGAUUUCAGUCACGUGCGUCCUGACGCUGUUCGUCGCCAUGGCUUUCGUGGGUACGGCGUACGAUGUGGCACGCAACUUCCGCUCUUCCCACAAGAAGCCUUCGUCCUCUCGAAGCGUUGACACGACCAUGGCCUCCAACGAAGGCCUCGUCAAUGGAGGAUCCAUGGCUGACCGUGGGAGCCCCUUCAGCCGCGCACUGCUCGCAUUCUCCAUCCCAGCAAACGGGGCCAACAUCUUCAACACGAGCGGCACGAAGGAGUUCAUCCAGGUCAUUCACGGACUGCGGUUCUUCAGCAUGGCCUGGAUCAUCCUUGGUCACUCGUUCUCCUUUUCCAAGCAGUGGGUCACCUAUAGAAAUAUGGAUGACCUGCUUGUAAUUCACAAAGACAUCAUAACCCAAGGCCUUGCCAAUGGUACCGUCACUGUGGACACAUUUUUCUUCAUAAGCGGCCUUUUGGUUGUCUACGUGACAUUAAAGCAGUUGGCAUCAAAUGGCGGAAAUACUCGCUGGCUACUAUUCUACGUCCACAGGUACUGGAGGAUGACUCCGCUGAUGAUGGCCGUGAUCGCGUUCUGCGCCGUGCUGUUGCCGUACUGCGGCGACGGGCCACGCUGGAAGGAGUCCAUCGCCACCUACGACCUUACCUGCAAGGCCAACUGGUGGGUCAACGCGAUGUACCUGCAAAACUUCAUCCACCGGACGGACAUGUGCCUCAACCACACCUGGUACUCGGCCGUGGAUUUCCAGUUUUACAUCAUAUCGCCCUUCAUAAUCGUCGCUCUCUACAGGCGACCAAAGCUAGGACUGAUGCUGAUCGCUGCGCUGCUGCUGGGAACGACGAGCUUCACGGCUGCCUACACUGCCAUCUACGACUUGCCAGCAGCGCCGUACAUGUCGUCCAUAACACCCAUGGACAAGAUGAACGACUUCAUGGGCUACGUAUACGUCAAGCCGUACUGUCGCAUUGGUCCGUUCCUUGUUGGCAUGGCGACGGGUUACGCUCUUCAUCGCACGCAGGGGUCAAUCAUCAUCAGAAAGCGCUACCGGUGGCUGGGAUGGAUACUGUGUGCUACCAUGAUGCUUGGCGUGCUGUACGCCAUGUGGCCGGCCAACACUGGCGAGUCAAAGCCCUCAGCUGCUUGGGCAGCCGUCUACGGAGGCUUCGCUCGCUCCAUCUGGGCUCUCGGCUUGGCGUGGAUCAUCUUUGCCUCAGUCGCCGGCUAUGGAGGUGUGGUGAGCAAAAUUCUCUCGUGGAAAGCUCUGGUGCCCCUGAGCCGGUUAACCUUCAGCGCGUACAUCAUACACCCGGUGCUGAUGGUUAUCUUCUACGGCUCGAGGGAAGAGAGCUUCGACUACUCUUCCUUUCUACUGAUCUAUUUCGCCAUAGGAAACAUCGUCCUCACGUACAUGGCUUCCCUAGUCUUAAGCCUCGUCUUCGAGGCGCCCAUAAUCGGCAUGGAGAAAUUGCUGCUGAACAGGAAGUAAGAAGGCUCCGCGGUCACAUAAAGCCAGCGCCUCGACAACGACGCCUCGGCAAGCACUGGAGCACGCACCGGGGCCGUUCCCUGUGAUAUGCGCAUCGUAGGCCCCGUGACCGACAGAUGGACUGACACGCUGUGCAAUUCUCGUGAACACUGUUCACACGAGCGGUGCUGCAAUCUGCGGUUUUUUUUCUUGGUGUUUGCGUGUGGACAAUGGAGCCUAGAUUAGCGGCUGCGUUGCACGUAAACGGCCGCUGCAACAGCUGCGGCCUCAAUCAGAUGACUGCUUGUUGUGGGUGGAACGCCAAAGUGUUUACGUGUGGAGACAACGAGCAGCCCAUUUCUAUUGCUAAUGAAGAAUGCGCUCAGAAAAGUACUUGAACUGCAUUUAGUAAUGGGGGGCAUCUAGACAAGAGGACCUCUGGGUGCUUUGACAUUGUUCGUUUUGGCAUAGAGCCGUUCAUUGAAAACGAUGUACCGCGGCUUUGUUAAACGUCGAAUGUGUAGCGCGGCACCGCCCACAUAAGGCAGUGCACCUGUUGCAAGUAGUGUCAGACCUCCUAUCGCGAGGCCUUCAAGGGUGGCUGGGGCACUUUCGCCUUGCCAUGAAGUCGAGUGUAUCGCCACCCACCUGGGAGUAACACGAACCCCGACCCGCUUUGGCUCACCACUGUGUGUGCGUUGGUCGAGCAGGUGAAGCUCGGUUUCAGAAAAGUCGUUUUACUACGUACACAAACUUAUUUCGCACAAUGGACGUUAUAAUUGCCGUCAUUUUACCUGACGCAAGAGUUGUUUCAUAUUUUGUUUCGAAUGGGCAUUCCGUGUGUUAGUGUGUUUCGGUUCUCUCUCACGUUUUUGUUUUUUGUUUUCGGAGAUGCCAGCAAAAAUAAAACCUCGAACCAAG